AUGACGAGCACAAAUCAAGCGCAAGACAAGUUCUACUUCAAUAUACCUUUUGACAACCCUCAAGACUUGAAUAUUCCUUAUGUUCUCAAAGAAUUCAGGACGUUUUCUCGCAUGAUGAGAGCGGAAAAAAUCGAAAGCCCCACCAGGCGUCUAUGGAAUAAUUUCACUGGUAUGAGGGUGACCAUGAAGCUUAAUGCCUACAACAAUCAAGAUUUCGAGUUCGCCUAUGGUGAUGUUCAACCGGCAAUAACCAUGUACGUAUUCGAGCACAUCUCGGGUAGAGAGAGAUAUAGGGUGCGCAAGCAACUGGCCAUUCAGAUGUUUAACAUAUUUGCGGAGUGUAUGAAUACGCUUGGAAUAGAGCUCGAUGAUACCUCUACUGGCGAGUCUGGAAGCGGCAGUGGAUCUGCGUAA